GCAGUAUGGAUUACACUGAAAACCUGUCAACAACCUAGAUGCCCAGUAGAAGGGAAACAACCAAUAAAAGUCUGUGUCUCGUUGACGCGCUGGCAGGAAACAUAGAGCAGGCAGGGAAAGGAAAGGGACUCGAGGAACGCGCUGUACCAACAGGAGGCAGCACCCCUUUGCCCGAGAGGCGCAACCACAGAAACCUAAGGCUACCUGGGCUGGAGCGGGGUGAGGCCGCGGAGAACGCACCCCUCUAGGCAGCUGCCGAGACGGAGGCUGGCGUUUCGACCACUGCCCGACAAUGUGCUUACUCAGCUCCACCCACACUGGCCUGGACCCAGUCUCUAACGGCUAAAAAUAUUGCCCGAAGGCUCCCGAGCAGACUCAGAUCGCGCUAAGUAGGGCACAACGCAGAGGCGACAGAGCUCCUCUGCCCCAGGGCCCGCGGAGCAGACUCCGGAGCGCCGUCCCGCCCACGCUCUGCUCGGCAGUUAGCGUCCUCCCUCCUCCUGAGCAGGUGUAUGUGGAGGCCAGUAUGAAGCUGAAAAAGCAGGUGACAGUGUGUGGGGCUGCUAUCUUCUGUGUGGCAGUCUUCUCGCUCUACCUUAUGCUGGACCGAGUGCAGCAUGAUCCCACUCGACACCAGAAUGGUGGGAACUUCCCCCGGAGCCAAAUUUCUGUGCUGCAGAACCGCAUUGAGCAGCUGGAGCAGCUUUUGGAGGAGAACCAUGAGAUUAUCAGCCAUAUCAAGGACUCCGUGCUGGAGCUGACAGCCAAUGCAGAGGGCCCGCCCGCCAUGCUGCCCUACUACACGGUCAAUGGCUCCUGGGUGGUGCCACCAGAGCCCCGGCCCAGCUUCUUCUCCAUCUCCCCCCAGGACUGCCAGUUUGCUUUGGGGGGCCGGGGCCAGAAGCCAGAGCUGCAGAUGCUCACUGUGUCGGAGGAGUUGCCGUUUGACAAUGUGGAUGGUGGCGUGUGGAGGCAAGGUUUCGACAUCUCCUAUGACCCGCACGACUGGGAUGCUGAAGACCUGCAGGUGUUUGUGGUGCCCCACUCUCACAAUGACCCAGGCUGGAUCAAGACCUUUGACAAGUACUACACAGAGCAGACCCAACACAUCCUCAAUAGCAUGGUGUCUAAGCUGCAGGAGGACCCCCGGCGGCGCUUCCUCUGGGCAGAGGUCUCCUUCUUCGCCAAGUGGUGGGACAACAUCAAUGCCCAAAAGAGAGCGGCAGUCCGAAGGCUGGUGGGAAACGGGCAGCUGGAGAUUGCGACAGGAGGCUGGGUGAUGCCGGAUGAGGCCAACUCCCACUACUUUGCAUUGAUUGACCAGCUCAUUGAAGGACACCAGUGGCUGGAGAGAAAUCUUGGUGCAACCCCCCGCUCUGGCUGGGCAGUGGACCCCUUUGGAUACAGCUCCACCAUGCCUUACCUGCUGCGCCGUGCCAACCUCACCAGCAUGCUGAUUCAGAGAGUGCACUAUGCCAUCAAGAAGCACUUUGCUGCCACCCACAGCCUAGAGUUCAUGUGGAGGCAGACAUGGGACUCGGACUCCAGCACAGACAUCUUCUGUCACAUGAUGCCCUUCUACAGCUAUGACGUCCCCCAUACCUGUGGCCCGGAUCCCAAGAUCUGCUGCCAAUUUGAUUUCAAACGCCUGCCUGGUGGGCGCAUCAACUGCCCUUGGAAGGUGCCACCCCGGGCCAUUACAGAGGCCAAUGUGGCAGAGAGGGCAGCCCUGCUCCUGGACCAAUACCGGAAGAAGUCCCGGCUGUUCCGAAGCAACGUCCUCCUCGUGCCUCUUGGAGAUGACUUCCGAUAUGACAAGCCCCAGGAGUGGGAUGCCCAGUUCUUGAACUACCAGCGGCUCUUUGACUUCUUCAACAGCAGGCCUAACCUCCAUGUACAGGCCCAGUUUGGCACUCUUUCUGACUAUUUUGAUGCCCUGUACAAGAGGACAGGGGUGGAGCCAGGGGCCCGGCCUCCAGGGUUUCCUGUGCUGAGCGGGGAUUUCUUCUCCUAUGCGGACCGGGAGGAUCAUUACUGGACAGGCUAUUACACUUCCCGGCCCUUCUACAAGAGCUUAGACCGAGUCCUGGAAGCCCACCUGCGGGGGGCAGAGGUUCUGUAUAGCCUGGCUGCAGCUCACGCCCGCCACUCUGGCCUGGCUGGCCGGUACCCGCUGUCUGACUUCACCCUCCUGACGGAAGCUCGGCGCACAUUGGGGCUCUUCCAGCAUCACGACGCCAUCACUGGCACCGCCAAGGAGGCCGUGGUGGUGGACUAUGGGGUCAGGCUUCUGCGCUCCCUUGUCAACCUGAAGCAGGUCAUCAUUCAUGCAGCUCACUAUCUGGUGCUGGGGGACAAGGAGACCUACCACUUUGACCCUGAGGCGCCCUUCCUCCAAGUGGAUGACACUCGCUUAAGUCACGACGCCCUGCCAGAGCGCACGGUGAUCCAGCUGGAUUCCUCGCCCAGGUUUGUGGUGCUAUUCAACCCGCUGGAACAGGAGCGGUUCAGCAUGGUAUCCCUGCUGGUCAACUCGCCCCGUGUGCGCGUCCUUUCGGAGGAGGGUCAGCCCCUGGCCGUGCAGAUCAGCGCACACUGGAGCUCUGCCACCGAGGUGGUCCCUGAUGUCUACCAGGUGUCUGUGCCUGUCCGCCUGCCAGCCCUGGGCCUGGGCGUGCUGCAGCUACAGCUGGGCCUGGAUGGGCACCGCACGCUGCCCUCCUCUGUGCGUGUCUACCUGCACGGCCGGCAGCUGUCUGUCAGCAGGCACGAAGCGUUCCCUCUCCGCGUCAUUGACUCUGGCAGCAGUGACUUCGCCCUCAGCAACCGCUACAUGCAGGUCUGGUUCUCAGGCCUUACUGGGCUCCUCAAGAGCAUCCGAAGGGUGGAUGAGGAGCAGGAGCAGCAGGUGGACAUGGAAUUCCUAGUCUAUGGCACCCGUACGUCCAAAGACAAGAGUGGAGCCUACCUCUUCCUGCCCGAUGGCGAGGCCAAGCCCUAUGUCCCCAAGGAGCCCCCUGUGCUGCAUGUCACUGAAGGCCCUUUCUUCUCAGAGGUGGUUGCAUACUACGAGCAUGUUCACCAGGUGGUCCGGCUUUACAAUCUGCCAGGGGUGGAGGGGCUGUCUCUGGACAUAUCAUCCCUGGUGGACAUCCGGGACUACGUCAACAAGGAGCUGGCCCUGCGCAUCCAUACAGACAUCGACAGCCAGGGUAUCUUCUUCACAGACCUCAAUGGCUUUCAGGUGCAGCCCCGACGGUAUCUGAAGAAGCUCCCCCUCCAGGCCAACUUCUAUCCCAUGCCAGUCAUGGCCUAUAUCCAGGACGCACAUAAGCGCCUCACACUGCACACUGCCCAGGCCCUGGGUGUCUCUAGCCUCAAAGAUGGCCAGCUGGAGGUGAUCUUGGACCGGCGGCUAAUGCAGGAUGACAACAGGGGCCUAGGCCAAGGGCUCAAGGACAACAAGAGAACCUGCAACCGUUUCCGCCUCCUGCUAGAGCGGCGAACCGUGGGCAGCGAGCCUGACUUUUUCUCCAAACUGGCAGCCAUGUUUAGGGGCUUGAUCUUUCACAGCAGCAGGAGCGGUAACCGAGAGGUCCAAGAUAGCCACUCUACCAGCUACCCAUCCCUCCUCAGCCACCUGACCUCCAUGUACCUGAACACCCCGGCGCUCGCUCUGCCUGUAGCCAGGACGCAGCUCCCAGGCCCUGGUCUGCGCUCAUUUCAUCCUCUGGCUUCCUCACUGCCUUGUGACUUCCACCUGCUCAACCUACGUACGCUGCAGGCUGAGCACUGCCUUUGGGCAGAGGUGCUGCUGUAUCUCCAAUCUCUGAAAGCCCUGCACCCACUUCCUUGGGCACUAUCUGUCAUCCAGGAGGACACCCUGCCCUCAGCGGAGAUGGCACUCAUCUUACACCGCAAGGGUUUUGACUGCGGCCUGGAGGCCAAGAACUUGGGCUUCAAUUGCACCACAAGCCAAGGCAAGGUAGCCCUGGGGAGCCUUUUCCAUGGCCUGGACGUGGUAUUCCUUCAGCCAACCUCCUUGACAUUGCUGUACCCUCUGGCCUCCCCAUCCAACAGCACUGACGUCUAUUUGGAGCCCAUGGAGAUUGCUACCUUUCGCCUCCGCUUGGGUUAGGGCUUCUUGUGGCCUGAAGAGAAAGUUCAUUUACAGAGAUGGCCUCUUAACAUGAAGAUCGUUGGACAGGCCACAUGGGUAUCCCAUCCCGAUCUGCCUCCCAGAACUGUGACACACUGGGCUCUGCCCUCAUUUUCUGUUUAUUGCUGCUGCUGUGUUUUGGGGGCAACCCACAAACCCAGUGAUGGGUAAAUAGGGCAGAUGUCAGUGAGAUCAGGGAGAGAAGGCCCUUGGUCAGAGUGGGCAGUGCCAGGCUCUGCUUCAGGUUGUGCGUGGACACCCAACUGGGCACAGGGUCAGGCACCCAUCCUUUUUCCAAAAGGGGAUAUAGGAGAAGUGGAAGCAGAAGACAUAAGGGAGGCUAAGUGGGUAACAGCCUGGCAUCAGGGUCACUGUGGGCAACAGCCAGCUCUAAGGGAAUCCUGUGGUUACGUAGAGACUCCAUGUCCUGGUGUGAUGAGCAGGAUCAGAGUGACUCUGGGAGGACAGGGAUGGGGACCCAGAGUUAGCAAUGGGGGUGGAGCAGUAGAAGGAAUCACUGUUCUCCUAGGAGUCUGAAGGCCUCGCUGCUUUCUGUGAUGGCUUUGCUGUAAGUGCUGCCUGGCCUGCAUGCAUUGGCUAAGAGGCUGCAGAGUGGCAGGAAGGACUCGCUAGAGAUUGUCAUGGCCAGAGGUCAUAGGUCACUUCGGGUAGCAAGACCCCUGGCAAACUAGGCACUUGGCCUAUGUACUGAUUUGUGGGGUGGUGGCAGGGGCAUGGGAUCCUCCACCCUGCCUGAAUCCUCUUUGGCUUCUAUGCUCUGUACACUGCUGUCCCCAAGAGCUCGCUCUUAUUAUGGCAGGCGGUGGGGAUUGGUCCUGCUUUCUUUCUCUGGAAAGGAAAGCCUCCAAGACCCUAUGUGCUUGGGCAGCUUGAGAAGGCGUUCAGCAUCACGCCUAGCAGGCAGGCCUUAAAGCUUCACCUUUGGUCUAUCCUGCAGAGGUGUUCAGUUACUGGCACAGGGGACUAGGGGUAUGUAGAGUAUAUGAGGAGGCAGUAUGGCUGUGCAGGAGCCUUCAUUUCAGCUUCAAUUAAUAAAGAAAAUUUUAUGAUAGCUCUAUAGAUGCUGAAAAGAUAUUUGGUAAGAUUUAAAAUCCAUCCCUUAUUAAAACUCUUAGUAAAUUAAGUCUGGAAAGAAACACCCUAAUCUAGAUAAAGGUCUGUUUCAGAAACCAACAGUUACUGGCAUUCUGAAGAGUCAAACGCCACAGGCAUUCCCAUUAAAGUCAGAAACUAGCCAAGGGCAUGCUAUUAUUCAGCAGUGUCCCGGCCCUACUAACCCCUGCAACAAGCCAAAUGAGGAAAAUAAGGAAGAAUUAUAAUUGUCAUUAUUUGUAGACAAUAAAACUGCCUACCUGUAAAACCUAAGAAUCAA